AUGUUCCAGGCCCAGACUCAAGGCCAGAUGCAAUCUCAGAUGCAGGGACAGCUCCAGGGACAGCCCCAGGGCCAGCCUCAGGCGCCCGUUCCAGGAAACAUGUUUACCGAACAAACUCGCAGAAAGUAUUUCCCACAGCUCAAACCAUACUUCCCUGGCCAGCCUGGCCAGCCAGGACAACCAGGACAACCAGGACAACCAGGACAACAGAACCAGAUUCCCCAGGGUCAACAAAACCAGAUUCCUCCAGGAUUACAGCAUCCCCAAGAAAACUCAGGCCAAGGCCAGGGCCCAAACCAGGGCCCAAACCAGGGCCCUGUGCCAGCACCUGGAGCAGCCCCUGGCCCCGGUAUAGUACACGCCUUGGACGAUCCUAACGUCUACCAUUGGAUCUGCCAGCUCACGUACGGGCCCAGCAAAGAACAAGCACUCCUAGAAUUAGGCAAAAAAAGAGAACAAUACGAAGACCUGGCCAUCGUGUUAUGGUCUAGUUUCGGCGUCAUGACCUCCCUUAUAAAAGAAAUCAUAUCAGUAUACCCGUUGCUAUCGCCUCCAGCACUCUCGAACCAACUCUCGAACCGUGUUUGCAACGCUUUGGUCCUUCUCCAAUGCGUCGCCUCCCAUCCGGAUAUCAGACCCCAAUUCCUACAGGCACACAUUCCUCUUUUCCUAUUCCCAUUCUUGUCCACCACCUCGAACCAAAGAACCUUCGAGUACCUCAGAUUGACCUCCUUGGGUGUCAUUGGCGCCCUAGUCAAGAACGACUCCGCAGAAGUCAUCAGCUUCUUGCUAAGAACAGACAUCAUCCCGCUGUGUCUCAGAAUCAUGGAAAACUCCUCCGAACUCUCCAAAAUCGUCGCCAUCUUCAUCCUACAGAAAAUCUUGCUCGACGAUAACGGCCUACAGUUCGUUUGUGCUACUCCAGAACGUUUCUACGCCGUCUCUCAGGUCUUGGCCACCAUGUUCAAACACAUGUCCCAGCAACAGGUGCCCGGCAGACUAUUGAAACACGUCGUCAGGUGCUACCUAAGACUAUCGGAUAACUUAGAAGCAAGAAGACUGUUGAAGCAGGUCUUGCCCCAGCAGCUAAGAGACAACACUUUCACCGAGGCAUUGCAGGACGACGUGGGCACAAAACGUUGUCUUGCUCAAUUGCUCCUGACCCUAGGCGAGGGCCAGCAGCAACCACCACAACCACAACCACAACAACAACCACAACAGCAGCAGCAGCAGUAG